GUCAAGGUCAUAACGUUGUUCUUUAUCUCUAUAAACAAAUUAAAAAAAACUGGUUAAAAGAUCCUGAUUUCAUGUUUUCUUUUCACCAAAUUUUUCAUCUUUUGUUUUCGAUGUUAGAUUUUCGGCAACCAGUUUCUAAUCAAGCUUUGCAGCUAAAAAGUUGGAUCCAACGCUCGUUGUCAUUCGUGCGCAAGCCGUCGAGUAGUGAAGAUGUUCGAUUCACCUAUGUUACGCGUUGUGCUUGUGGUUUCAGCUUUAACAUUACCACGUGCAUUUGCUGAUGAUCUUGUACCAAAUCAGAGAACAUCACUUCAUGAUUGCGGAAAACUAUUCAGAACAACAUAUGAACCCAAGUCUCAAUUUCUGUUAGCGUUACCCUUUGAAUCGCCACAUGCAGCUUUGAUUGUUGAGGAGGAAUCGUAUACCAUGCAAUGCAUGGGAUCAUUGAUAACGGAAAACGUAAUUCUAGGUGCUGGUUACUGCAUCCCGGACAAAAGUGCGUCUUACCAAGCUUUGUUCACAGAAGAUCCUUGGUAUGAUAACCAUCAUAUUGAGCAAAACCUCAAGAUUGUUAACUUCUCAGUUCAUCCGAGUUACAAAAACAGUUCCAGCAUCGACAACAUUGCUCUUAUGAAGCUGGAGAAAAAUGUUAACAUUAAUACGCAUGUUAUUCCAGCCUGUUUAUGGCCCAAAGAAGCUGCCAAUAAGCUGUACUAUCCAUUUUUUGAUGAUGUUUCCAAAAAAAUUAAAAAGGAGCCCCUGUUCCCGAUUGACACUUCGAAAUGUGCAACAAACUUGUUAUUUGCAACGCGAACUGGUGAAUAUAUAUUAGAAAAACAAUGUGAUGAGUACGAGAGCAUAGAACAAUGUUCGCCAUCGACCAGCGGACUGGUAGAAAUGAGAUUGUCUCAUGAUGGUAAAAUCGUUCCAUUGUUAGUAGGAAUACAAUGCACCGCAAAGAAUGUGUAUGCAUACAUUCCGAUACUCAAGUUCCGUGACUGGAUCACUGCGACUCUUGAGACCUUUGGAGAAUCUAAGGCAACGACGUACCUUUCCGAUCCGGACAUUUGUAUGAAGCGUUACAAGCAUUUACGAGAGCAUACGAACAAUUACAUUGAUGAUGGGGAUUUUUUGACUGAGGAUGAUUUUGAUCCGAAUAAGAAUAAAAUGCCGUUCAACUCCCAUACCGUAAAGUUGCUUUGGACAGACGAGUUGGCAACAAAUGUGUUAUCUUGCUACGGUGCACACGUAGAGCCUGACGCGAUCAUUACACUGGCACGAUGUACUUCAUAUUUGGGGAUUCCUCCUUCGAAGGUGUUGUUUUAUGAUUUAUCGGAACUGAACAUUCGCGAAAUCAUCGUUCAUCCCAACUACACGCGCACUGCCGAGCCCAAUUAUAACGAUGUUGCUGUUGUGAAACUAGAAUCUCCAGUCAAAUUCAUUCCAACCAUCUGUGGCUGGUAUGGCGAAAUUGAUUCAUCAUACGAGCUUGGAGUAAAAGCAGUAGUAACUGAGAAGUUUCAAACUGAUUAUAAAAAAUCAUCUACAACAUUAGUAACAACCCUAGAGAAAAACAAACAGUGCUUUAAUGUACUGCGCGAACGAUACCAACUGCCACAAGACACGCUGGAUAAGUAUUUGUGUCUGCACUACGAAUCGUCCUCGGCACUAAGCUCCUACCAGAUACAGUUGGGUGCUCCAAUACAUUCAAUCCCCCGUGUACAUGUAUAUGUAGUAGGACUGAAUCUUGUUGGGGGUGACACCGACGUAGACACUCCGAUUAUUGGAAUACGGCUUAGCACUCAUAGAGCAUGGUUCGAGUCGGUCUUGCUACCUUCGCAGAAGAAACAUAACACAGACAUGUCCUUUGAUGCACUGACAUAUGUUAACACUGAUCUUCACUAUUCCGACAAAUGUGGAUACUCCGAUGGAGUCACAGGAACGUGUGCAGACAUUACAAACUGCCACACCAUCAAAAAACGGCUAGAAGAUAGCAAGCUUAUCACUUUUUGUACGAACAGCACGGUAGUUUGUUGUCCACAGCAAUCGAUAAGCUCGACAGAAAAAGAUCUACGGGAAUGUCCACAGUAUUACAGCCAUUUACGACAAGAACGACAUGCCAAGUCGAUGGAGGACAGUUCGUUGGAUAAACAAUCCCCUCACCUGGUUGAAAUAGGAUGGAUACACACUUCACAUGAAUUCUUUGACUGUAUCGGAUACCUCAUCACAACUCGCGAUAUUAUUACAUUGGCCUCCUGUCUCAGGAAAGGAUCCGCACCAGAAGUAGUGCGUUUUGGCGGCAUAUGGCCAAGAAAUGGUUCUGAACCAACAUUUGUUCCCAUUGACAAAAUAGAGUACCAUCCAAAGUACAAAAAAACUAGAAAAGCACACAACUUUGCCCUUGUGACGUUGGCAUUGGCAUAUGAGCCAAACUGGAAUAUCUUCCCUGGAUGCAUUUGGUUGAACAAGACGCACUUUCCUACGCAUCAAAAAGUGUGGAUCGAGCAUGAACAACAGCGACUGUGAAACUUAUUUGAAGCACUCGGUUCCAGACUCGACAGCCUGCAUGUUUCUCAAACAGUGGACUUGUGCUUCUUAUUACAACCCAAUACUUAAAGAGGCUUCGCCGAAAUGUGUGGUACAAUAUCAACAAAAGCUGUUAACAAAAAUUAAACAGAAUAGUUACAUAUUCGAAGGUCCAAUUAUAUCGCAGCAAUUGGAAAAAACCGAUGAAUACAUUGAAUACUUGAUGAGCAAUUAUAACGAUCAUCUCGUUUCAGAAAAUUGGGGUAAAUCAAUUGUAAUCGGAACGGCACAGCGUGUAACGUCGGAAAAGGAUUGGAUUGUGUCGGUACUUGAUUCUAACAGACUUUGUACUCAAUGAUCAUGUGACACAAUUCAUUUAAAAAAUACUUAAUCGAAAAAUAUUAAAAUAAAUGAGCAUUCAUUGUGCUACAGCAAAAUUUGCAAUACAAAACAGUAGCGAACAUAAUCGGCUGUAUCGGGGUGGUCGUUCGUUCCCGGGAACGUUCGCCGCGACGCUCAUUUUCACUCAUUUCAUAGCCCUCUAUGAUCAAAAAUUAGAAAAACGUCUAGAUUUUGUUCUGCCCAAUCUAGUGGUACA